CUGUACUUUCUGUGGUGGAUCUGGCCAAGUGAUGUGCUCCAAAUGCCAGGGAAGAGGAAACCUGCGCUGGUUUAUUAUGUUAACUGUUCAAUGGACAAAUCACCUGGAUGAUCAUAUUGUUGAAAGAACCGCUCUGCCCGAUGAGCUGAUCCGGACAGUGCGUGGGCAAACUGCAUUUGAGGAGACUUCUCCGAGG